AUGGAAUCCGAUUGGAGAUACAGUGAAUAUUCUGACUUUAGGGAUUACCCACCUCCAGAUAAUCAAGAAAGAUAUCGGCGAAAUAAUGAGGAUUUCUACCGUCAACAGGGCCGUCGCUCCCAAGAUAAGCAAUAUUUUAGUAACGAACGUGAUAACUAUUAUUGUGACGAAAGUAACCGACGAAACUAUAACGAAAGCAGUCGAGCAAGAUCUCCUAGUCCACGAUAUUAUGAAAGAAGAUUCGAUCGACAACGCCUCAGUCCAAGGGUUUCUCGUUAUAGAUCGAGGAGCCCGGAUUACACUCGUAGGAGAGAUAGAAGGCGUUCUCGUAGCCCACCAGAUUACAGCAACCGCUCUGACAUGGGGUACUCUCGUAGAGAUGAGAGAGUCGAUAAUAAGAGAAGAUAUACACGGCCUGAAUACGACGAUAAUAGCAAGGAUAACAGAAAAGAUGAAACAGAUAGAGGCAGCUACGAUGACGAACGACAAUCUAGACGAAAUCGGGACGGGAACAAUCGCGAUCAUAGAGAAGAGCCUAAUCGUGUAAUCGUUAUUCGUAAUUUAGCGUACAAAGUAGACGAAAAACAUAUUUCCAAGAUAAUUGAGGACCAUUUCGAUCAACAGCAUGUUCUAAAGGAUGUAAGGCUUAUCCGCAAUAAAGAAACAGGGGAAUCUAGAGGAUUUGCUUUCGUAGAAUUCAUCGAAUUAAAAAAUGCAGUAGCAUGGAUGGACGACAGUAGGUGUGGCCAUUUCAAUUUCAAAAUAAGAAGAGUUUGCAUGAUGUGCAAGGCUACUCGACCAGAAUUAGAGUCUAGAAGUAAUGAGUCUAAAUUGGAUGGAGGAGAUGAUGUCAGCAGCAAACCGACAAACGUUUUGAUUGUAAGAGGACUUGAUGUUAUAACUCGCGAGGAAUCGGUGCUACAGUCAUUAAAGCAGAUUGAUGCAACACGAGUCGAUGGAAUUAAAAUAAUGAAAGACGAACUUACAAAUACAUCAAGAGGAUUUUGUUUUGUAAGAUUGCCGUCCAUAAAGAUAGCAAUUGCGAUUGCGGAAACUAUAUCAAAAUUGGAGUAUCCUUUCAAGAUAGAUAAUAAAGAAGUGGUCAUAUCCUAUGGAAGAGCGGAUGCCUUUGAAUCAACGGCUAAGAAGAAUUUAGCAGCUGCUGCUAUUGCUGCAGCUGCGUGGUCUGUAAAAGUACGUCGCAGCAAGACACCACAGAUAAUGCCCAGUACACCUAUGAUGAGAAAACGGGUUAUUAUUAUUAUCCAUCUACUGGACUUUACUAUGACCCAAAUUCUCAGAGAUACUAAGGAUACGGCCUCUAAAGCUGGUGGUGAUGCUGAGAUGGAAAAAGGUAUAUAUGCUAUACAAGUUAUGAAAGACAUGGAACGUUGGGCGAAAACUUCUACUACAUUUAAAGUACAACAACCCGACGAGGCUUCUGCCAAAAAGUCUAAAGGGUUCGUUCCUAUCGGCUCAAAGCAGCCGGAGGCUUCUACUCAUAACCAGACAGUACAGGCUAUAUUCGCCAAUAUUGCCUCGACAGCUAAAGAUAAUCUGGCAUCUCAGGAAGAAGUUCAUAAAGCUGACGAUAUAGAUAUUGAAUCCCGCGGUGCUGUAACUUAUGGCAGCGGGGCGAGCUUAGAUCUUCCUAUGCUUGAUUCUGUUGUGGUAACGCCAGAAUCAUUACUAGAUUUAAAUCGUUUUGCUUGUUUACUAUGUCGACGGCAGUUUUCAAGUAAAGAUACGCUAAUGAAGCAUGUAGAGUUAUCAGGAUUACACAAGACAAAUUUGAAAGCCCAUAACGCUAAACUAGAAAAUCAAGUUCGUUUUGUCUUUCGUAAUCUUAUGUCCAAAUCCAAGGAGUUACUCUAUCGCGAUCGUGCAAAAGAAAGAAGGCAACUGUACGGUCAACCGGAUAAAGUAAAGGAAGGCCCUGGAAGGAAAUCAAGGCAGCAGAACAUAACAAAAUAUGAACAACCAACGAAACAUGGCCUGACAGGAUCAAAUGUAGGGAAUAAAAUGUUGAAGGCGAUGGGUUGGUCAGAGGGUGAAGGCCUUGGAAGAGCGAACCAAGGGAUUACAGCACCUAUAUCGGCACAGGUAAGGUCUGCAACUGCUGGGUUAGGUGCAGAUUGUAGUGACUAUGGUGUAUCGGCGGGGGACUCAUAUCAGGAGGCUCUCAAAAAAUUGGUAAAGUGUUUUUAA